AACAUGUUUCUAAUCUCUGAAGAAGCUUCAAAUAAAUCCUACCUUGUUAAAACCCAUGGAUUCUCCUGGAGUUUAGGUGCUUUCUGUAAAACAUAAAACACGCUUUUAUUUUAAGGGCUCGCGGGGCGGAAGUGUCACGCGCCUCCCCACCGCACCUGUUUCCAGCAGUGCUGUACCUGUCCGCCUGUGCUGCUGGCCGUGGUGCUGAAACUGUGACGUACUGCAUUGUCGUUCAUCACGCAUCCUCUCAUCCCCUGCCAUUUUUUGUGCUACUUUCUAACUUGCUAAGCAAGGGGGGUCUCCAUUAGCAGGAGGUGCAGACAAAGAAGAGAGGCAGUCGUAUUGACGGACUGGUCCUUCCCUGGAGAUUUGGGGUCUUCUCACAGACAAGAGGCUGCUAUCAGACAGGCGAUACCAUGUCCGACUUUGACAGCAAUCCGUUUGCAGACCCGGAUUUCAGCAAUCCCUUUCAGGAUCCCUCUGUGACCCAAGUGACACGAUCUGCCCCUCCUGGUGGUCUGGAGGAGUACAACCCCUUCACAGACGCCAGAACGGCAGCACCUGGAAGUGGCCCCAAAUCUGCACCAGCACCCUCCCAGAACACACAGCCUGCCAUAAUGAAGCCCACGGAAGAGCCGCCAGCUUACACACAGCAACAAACUCAGCGGCGAACUGAGGACCAGGCGCGCGCUCAAGCCGAGCUCCUGAGGAGGCAGGAGGAGUUGGAGAAGAAAGCCGCAGAGCUGGACCGUCGGGAGAGAGAGCUACAGACCCACGGAGCAGCAGGUCGUAAAAACAACUGGCCUCCACUUCCAGAGAAGUUUCCCGUUGGUCCGUGCUUCUACCAUGAUAUAGCUGUGGACAUUCCCGUAGAAUUCCAGAAGACCGUAAAGAUUAUGUACAACCUUUGGAUGUUCCAUGCAGGAACUCUUUUUGUGAACAUGUUCGGCUGCCUGUCGUGGUUCAUUGUAGAUGCGUCUCGCGGCGUAGAUUUUGGUUUGGCCAUGCUCUGGUUUCUGCUCUUCACUCCAUGUUCUUUCAUCUGCUGGUACAGACCACUUUAUGGUGCAUUCAGGAGUGACAGCUCAUUCCGCUUCUUUGUCUUCUUCUUCGUCUACAUCUGUCAGUUUGGAGUUCACGUCCUACAAUCUAUCGGCAUCACUGGCUGGGGAACAUGCGGCUGGAUCGCAGCUCUGACUGGUCUGAACACCAACAUCCCAGUUGGCAUCAUCAUGUUGCUUAUUGCUGCUCUGUUCACUGCUCUGUCUGUUGGCUCGCUCAUUAUGUUCAAAAAGGUGCACGCGUUGUACCGAACCACUGGUGCUAGUUUUGAGAAGGCGCAGCAGGAGUUUGCCACCGGCGUCAUGUCGAACAAGACGGUUCAGACUGCAGCCGCCAACGCUGCAGCCAACGCUGCUACCAAUGCUGCUCGCGGGGCCUUCAAAGCUCAUCCUUAAAGACCAACAUCCCCACACACAUUUACACACAGAUUGUCAUAAUGGAGGCGCACAACUCUGGCUUGAAUAUUCUGAAUGUCAGGAGCUCACUCUUCCCUUCAUAGCGGUGAGUAGCAGAGAUUAGCCAGAGUUGUUCAUCUUCUCUAACAUCAGAUCAAAAGUUCCCGUCUCCUGUCCUCGCAUCGAUUAGGUAGCGAUGUGCUGUGGGGUUUUAUCUCUCACACUCUGACGUUCCGCUCCUCCUGUCCUCUCGAGGUGAUCCCAUCAGGCGUAGAUUGCAGCUCUUGGAUUCCCUGUUUUUGUCAUGGUGACUUCCUGCCCGAAAACUUUAGUGUAGCGUUGUGAAAAUCUGAACAUGGUGGUUGGCACUUCGUUCUGUUUCCUCGCUGACCUCUACAGUGCGUGUGCGGGUUUCUGUGCAAAUGUGUGUUUCACUUAAGAAAAUCACUACUUUUUUUUUAGUAAUCCAGCACUUUGACAUUUAAGAUCUGAAAGGUAAACCGUACCUUGUGUAGAUCGGUGUUUCUAUGAUGAGACAAAUACCAUUCUCCCAAUGGUAAACUUUAUUUUAUAAAUAGGAAUCUGUUGCUGUUCGUCAGCAACGCCUCUAACUUGAUCAGCUGUUCUUAAAUCUACGCUGGUCGGGCUCGCCCAGCAACUCCCGAUUGAAAGCAUGACAGCAUGCGCGGCACACCUGAGCUUCAGUCAUUCAGUCACUGCCUUUCUUCAGGCUACACAAGUGGCUUUUUGGGGGAAUGUCUGCCUAACGUUGUCCCUCCCGGUCCUGUGGGAGAUGACUGCAUGUUCUAACAGCUGUGAGAUGAAGGUUGGUUUUAACGGCUUGAUGUGUAUUUUUAUUUUGAAUUGUGCACCCAUUAACACUACUACUCUUCUUUUUUUCUCAUUCAUGUAAAAAAAAUAAUAAUGCUGCUAUAGAUUUUGAGCCUGUUGAUUGGCUCCUCCCACCAUCACAUUUCCUGUUUAUAAUAACCUCACACGAGGAGCUGCCUUUUGUGACAGAUGACCUGAACAUUAACAGAGCUGCAGUCAGGAUUACUCUGCGUAUAAGAAGAGGUAAAAACACUAAUGCUGUGUAUAUGUACCACACACACCUGCAGCCCAUUCUCAUCUGUGCUGUCAGCAGUGGCCAAAAUGAACAUAAAAAGAACUGGAUCCACAUUCAGUGAUGUCACUGUAACACUUUAACUGAUGUGCUGUUUCAACCAGAGGUGGGUAAUUCAUUUUACUUAAGUAACUUUUUUUGUUAAAAAACAUUUUUACUUUCAGUUGAGUAGAUUUAGAAUGGGGAAAAAAUAAAUUAUUUCACUGGAAUGGGUAUUUUCCUCUAGUUUGGUAAAUUUAUACCAUUUAUUCUAAAGACUUUUAAUAUCAGUUCAUGUCAGUGUUUUUCAAAAUCUCAGAAACAACAAACUUAUGUCUACAAUGGUCAAAGCAACGGUGUACAGGUGGCAAAUCAACCUUUAUUUUAUAAACUGUUUACUGAAUGAUAAAACAAUAGACAAACUUGAUUUUUAAUGGUUUAAAUUGGCCAAAUAUUUUUUCUAAAACCUGCAAAAGAUCAACUAUUCUACAUCAGUAUUUAUUCCAGACUUCAGUGAAAGCCUUGUUGACUAAACAAGAUGAUUCUCUUUUAUUCCUUUAAUAUAUCUGGAAAUACCAGUUUAUUUUUGCCAUAAGAUUUAGUCAAAGCUGCCAUUCAGUGUUUUUUUUUUUGCCAUUCAGUUUUAUUAGAGUAAAUAUUUAAGCAGCUUUUACUUGAAGAGCAUUAUUUUGAACUAAAGCCAUUAAAGUUCAUUUCUGGCCAUCCUGCCUGCCUCUGGUAACAACAGUGUAACAACCUGUACAGACUACCAUCCCCUCACAGGGAUUUGAUCGUGUCAUUUAACACACGCCUAACAGGUGUGGCUGCUUAUCUGUGAAAUGGUCCCUAAAGUGAUGGGAAAUAGUUUUUUGGAUCGCACAUUUUGUGUGAAACUUUUUUUUUUUUUUUACUAUUAUUUAUGGUGUUAUUUAAGUUGUUGCAUUUCAGUUGUCUGUAGUUUUGUUGCCGUCAUGGGGUUUUGUAACGACAUGGUCACAGCAUCAGCUUGGCUGCAAACACUGACUUUGUAAAUUGGUCCUGCAAGAAGUGUGCUUGUUGUAUGCGAAUGUUUGAUCGCGAUACGUUUGAGACAAAGAAUAAGCUCCCUAAAGUGUUAUUCUAUAUCCAGAAAAGCUGUGAGAAAUCUACCAAAUGUCCAUAUGGAUUUGUUUUCAAAUCUUGCUUUGUGAUGUGUUCCCCCGUUUUACUGCUUUAGGCUAGAAAAAAAAAACUCAAAUUCACCCACUAUAUCACCUUGUAUUUGUUCUUGAAGCGAUUGUUAUCUGAAGCCAUGUCAUGGUGGUAUUUUUCUUCAUAUCUUUGGCGAGCUGGUCUGCAGCACAGAAUAUGUUUAGAGGUUUGCUGACAUGAGACGACUCUGUUUUCAACUUGUGACCGUGUUACUUCACUGAACCAGAGAAAAACCUCAUCCAAAAGGGACACCUGUAUAUUUUGUAUAGUUUGAUUCCUGUUAUCAGUCACAUGUAAAAAGAAAGUAAUCCUCCCUGUCUGGCCUUUGUUGCAUGUGAAAUAGUUUCAGUUUUGUAUAUUUAUGGUAUUAACAUGAAAUAAAAUUUCAAAGAAAUAUUUGCA